AUGUCUCCCCCAGCAAGAGUCCCCAGCCUGAGAAGCACCAGUAGACUCUCCUUUGGAGCAUCCAUGGCCCAAUCCAAGGGGUUGGUGCGGGCUGUGGGCUAUGACCUGUACAGUGCCUAUGAUUAUAUAAUACUGGCUAUGGAGAAAGGCCUUGUGAAAACAGAUAUUCAGAUAUCUCUCCCUCCUGGGUGUUAUGGUAGAGUUGCUCCACAUUCUGGCUUGACUGCAAAACAUUUCAUAGACAUAGGAGCUGGUGUGAUACAUGAAGAUUACAGAAGAAAUGUUGGUGUUGUUCUAUUUAACUUUGUCAAAGAAGCAUUUGAAGUGAAAAAAGAUGACCAGAAUGCACAGCUGAUUUGUGAAAGGUUUUUUUUUUUUUUUUAUCCAGAACUUGAAGAAGUCCAAGGUCAAGAUGACACUGAACACGGAUCAGCAAGUUUUGGUUAUUCUGAUCAGAACUAA